UGGCAAUCUUAUACUGCAGUUUCCGUUUCCCCCCAUCAGAUCACACGGUCUCUUUCGAAAUCGCAUACUGGCGACGGCCAUGUUUGCAAACACCAUCUGCUUGGUCCUGGGUUUCACAACGAGUCUUAUCGGCCUAUGGCAUGUAGAACAACGUCGAAUUCUCAGCAGAGGGCUGCGAGAAUCAUUUUGUGAUGACAUGCUUAGAUUCUUGCUUUCCUCCUCGUUCUCCCAGUACAACUUCCAAGAGGAUUCCUUCUCCUCUUUUGGCCCAAUCCACUUGUCAUGGAUUUGACGUCGGUUUUAUCGGGGCCAGCACAUUAUUUAUCGUUUUUGAUAUUGGCUCUCCGGAUCACAUCG